CGCGGCCUCUUCCUGUGUGACCGUCGGUGGCCCCCCGCUGCUGCUGCCCGUCAACACCGCGGCCGCCACGAGACGCCCGCGUUCGGGGUUUUAUUGUAAAACGGUUCGUCUGAGACGACAGCUGAGCGCCAGCGGCCCUCCGUCAUGCCGAUGUACCAGGUAAAGCCCGUCAGCGGGAGUCACGUGAAGACCGACUUACCGACCUGCAUGUACGCCGUACCGAACGUCCACGCGCUUCAGAAUGGUGAAGUGGAACCUGCAGUCAAAGCUCUGGAGGCCCGGCAGGAUGAGAUCAUGCGGAAGCUGUACGAGCUGAAAGCGGCUGUGGAGGGCCUGGCCAAGACGGUGACCACCCCAGAUGCUGAUCUGGACCUGACAGUCAGCAGCAGCAGCAGCCUCUCGUCCCAAAGCCCCACCUCCACGACCUUCAGAGGCACCACUGACCUGGACGCGCUUCUGGGAAAGGAUCUUGGUGCUCUCCGAGACAUCGUCAUAAACGCCAACCCGGCGCAGCCUCCGCUCACUCUGCUGGUGCUCCACAGUGUGCUGUGUCAGCGCUAUCGGGUUCUCUCUACCGUCCACGUCCACUCCUCGGCAUCCAGCGUGCCGCCACAGCUCCUGUCCUGCCUCGGCCCACGCCAUCCAGACAGCUACGCCCGCCAGAUGUUCCAGCUGGGCUUCACCCUCAUAUGGAAAGAUGUCCCCAAACUGCAGAUGAAGUUCAGCGUCCAGAACAUGUGUCCCGUCGAGGGUGAGGCCAACGUGGCGCGCUUCCUCUUCAAGCUGCUGUCUCCUUACCCCAGUGACCCCGCUGUUGCCACACUGGUGGACAGCUGGGUGGACACAGCCUUCUUCCAGCUGGCCGAGGGCAGUUCCAAGGAGCGGGCGACUGUCCUGCGGGCCCUUAACGCCGCUCUGGGCCGCAACCCCUGGCUGGCCGGGCCGGAGUUCUCCCUAGCCGACAUUGCCUGCUACUGCUGCGUGCUGCAAAGCGCCUCCGCCUCAUCCGCUCCCACUAAUGUCCAGCGCUGGAUCAAGGCCUGUGAGAACCUGGGCCACUUCGGCCCUGCCAAGUUGUAUCUAAAGUGAAUGGUGCCGGCACAGGACCAGAAACCAGAAGGGCGUCCAAGCCGAGUAAAGUGAGAGCAGGGCAUUAGAAUAUUUCAAUAUCCCGGCCGUGUCUGGAACACCCCCUAAUGCUCCCCCCCUUACAGUAACUUAUUACUGAACUGACAGACUCAGUAGAAGCAUUGUGGUUGCCGAUUAAAGUAACGUAUUUGUGUCAGCCGUGUUGCUUUUGUAUAUUAAGGCGAUUCUAAGGCUAUUUUUGCGAGGGGGGGAGCAUGAGAGGACACUAAAGACAACGGCGUGGUGACGGAUUAAAUCAAAGGUACUGACAGAAGUAACACACUCUGUACACUUUCCACCCACUGUGCCUAACAUCCUGUUCUAAAUGUGUGGUGACAGGUAUUACUAGGUGUUUUCAUGGGUAAUACUUUGCAGUUUUAUUUUAAAUCAUUAAAACCUCCACUUUGGAUCAAC